AUGUUCCGAGUUUCAAACAUUUUUGCCAAAAAUGUGCAAUUGUGUGCAAAUGCUCAGAGAUUUGCCAGCACUGCCGCGGCUCCAGAAAUGAUCAAAAUUGAGAAAGUUGGAGCGAACCAGAAUGUUGCGUUGAUUAAAUUGAAUCGACCAAAAGGUGAGGGAUUUGGGGAUAAGUUUUUAGCUGAAAAUCACUGAAAAUUGAAGAAUUCUAUGAUUUUCAGCAUAAAAUUCUGGUCUAGAUAUUUCCUGGAAAUUUUACGUUUCAAAAAUUCAAUGAAUUUUUUGGAUCUGAAAAAAGUUCGAUACAUGGCACUUAGGCUUUUCUAGACUCAAAUUUUGCGCUGAAAAUCAUGGAAAUGCUGAAAAUCACUGAAAAUGAAGAGUUCCAUAAUUUUCAGCACUAAAUUUUGGUCUAGCACAAAAAAUUCUGGAAAUAUUUCACUGUUUCAAGAAUUCAUUAGUUUUUUCGGAGUCUAUAAAGAUUCUUUUGAAAUUCUAGACGCAAAUUCUCUCCUGAAAAUCAUGGAAAUGCUGGAAAUUUCUGAAAAUUAAGAAUUCCAUAAUUUUCAGCACAAAAUUUAGGUCUAAAUAUUUCCUGGAAAUUUUACGUUUCAAAAAUUCAAUGAAUUUUUGGAUCUGAAAACAAUUCGAUUUUUUUUCUUUUUUCACUUCUAGACUCAAAUUUUGCGCUCAAAAUCAUGGGAAUGCUGAAAAUCAAGAAUUUCACAAUUUUCAGCACAAAAUUCUGAUCUAGAAGGAAUUUUUCUAAAAUUUUCUCACUGUUUCAAAAAUUCAUUGAAUUUUUUCGUCUAGACUCAAAUUUUGUGCUGAAAAUCAAAAAAAUCACUGAAAAUAUAGAAUUCCCCAAUUUUCCAGCUCUCAAUGCACUUUGUUCCCAACUAAUGACCGAAUUAUCAUCGGCUCUUCAAACCUUGGAUGCUGACAAACAAAUCGGAGCUAUUGUCAUAACUGGAAGUGAAAGAGCCUUCGCAGCUGGUGCUGAUAUCAAAGAAAUGACAAAUAAUAGCUUCUCGCAAACAUUCAGCGGAAGUUUCUUGAGCAAUUGGACUGAUAUCAGCAAAGUCACGAAGCCAGUAAUCGCCGCUGUCAACGGUUUUGCUCUCGGAGGCGGCAAUGAGCUCGCAAUGAUGUGUGACAUUGUCUACGCUGGAGAAAAAGCACAAUUCGGUCAACCGGAAGUCAAUAUUGGCACAAUUCCAGGAGCCGGUGGAACUCAAAGAUGGGCUCGAACUGCUGGAAAAUCAGCUGCGAUGGAGAUUUGUUUGACUGGAAAUCGAGUGACUGCACAGGAAGCCAAAGAUUUGGGAAUUGUUAGCAAAGUCUACCCGGUUGAACAGGUUGUUCCGGAAGCGAUUAAAUUGGGAGAGAAGAUUGCGUCGCAAUCACCGCUCAUUGUUCAAAUGGCGAAAGAGGCGGUGAAUAAGGCGUUUGAAACGACUUUGCAAGAAGGUUUGCAUUAUGAGAGACGACUUUUCCAUGUCACUUUUGCGACCAAAGAUCAAAAGGUGAGCAGCACAAAAUUCUGAUAUAAAAAGAAAUUUCCUGAAAUUUUUCACUGUUUCAAAAAUUCAUUAAAUUUUUUGGGUUUGAAAAAAUUUGAUAAUCCUCUUGAAUUGUUUCUAGACUCAAAUUUUGCGCUGAAAAUCUUGAAACCGCUGGAAAUCACGGAAAAUUAAGAAUUCCAUGAUUUUCAGCACGACAUUUUGAUAUUAAAAAAAAAUUCCCUGAAAUUUUUCACUGUUUCAAAAAUUAAUUUAAGUUUUUGGGUUCAAACAAAUUCGAUCAUCACUUCUUAUCUUCUUCUAGACUCAAAUUUCGCGCUGAAAAUCAUGAGAAUGUUGAAAAUCACUGAAAAUCAAGAACUCCAUGAUUUUCAGCACGACAUUUUGAUCUAAAAAUAAAUUUUCUGAAAUUUUUCACUGUUUCAAAAAUUCAUUGAAUUUUCUGGAGUUAAAAAAAUUCCAUUCGUCAUUUGCUCUCUUAGAUUCGAAUUUCGCGCUGAAAAUCAUGAAACUACUGAAAAUCACUGGAAAUUAAUAAUUCCAUAAUUUUCAGCACGAAAUUCUGAUCUGGAAAUUUUACGUUUCAAAAAAUUCAAUUAUGGGCCUAUGCAGAAUAAUAUUUUGUAAUAAAAAAACAUAAAAAAACAUUUUUUUCCUAUGCAGAAAAACGUCGAAAAAACAAAAUAAAGACAACGUGAAAUUGAGAGAGCGCAGACAUAAAAUGGUUUUUUUCUCUGCACUCUCUCAAUUUCACGUUGUCUCUACUCAAAAUAAUAAACUGUAUAUUUUGUUUUUUCGACGUUUUUCUGCAUAGGAAAAAAAUGUUUUUUUAAUACAAAAUAUUAUUCUGCAUAGGCCCAUUAAUGUUUUGGGAUCUAAAAAAGGCAAUAUGCUUUCAACCAAAAUUGUUAAAAAAUAUUCAAAUUCUACGCUGAACAUGAUGAAACUACUGAAAAACACUGAAAAUCAAGAAUUUCAUGAUUUUCAGCACAAAAUUCUGAUCUGGAAAUUUUACGUUUCAAAAAUUCAAUAAAUGUUUUAGGAUCUAAAAAAGGCAAUAUGCUUUCAACCAAAAUUGUUAAAAAAUAUUCAAAUUCUACGCUGAACAUGAUGAAACUACUGAAAAACACUGAAAAUCAAGAAUUUCAUGAUUUUCAGCACAAAAUUCUGAUCUGGAAAUUUUACGUUUCAAAAAAUUCAAUAAAUGUUUUAGGAUCUAAAAAAGGCAAUAUGCUUUCAACCAAAAUUGUUAAAAAAUAUUCUAAUUCUACGCUGAACAUCAUGAAACUACUGAAAAACACUGAAAAUCAAGAAUUUCAUGAUUUUCAGCACAAAAUUCUGAUCUGGAAAUUUUACGUUUCAAAAAUUCAAUAAAUGUUUUAGGAUCUAAAAAAGGCAAUAUGCUUUCAACCAAAAUUGUUAAAAAAUAUUCUAAUUCUACGCUGAACAUCAUGAAACUACUGAAAAACACUGAAAAUCAAGAAUUUCAUGAUUUUCAGCACAAAAUUCUGAUCUGGAAAUUUUACGUUUCAAAAAUUCAAUAAAUGUUUUAGGAUCUAAAAAAGGCAAUAUGCUUUCAACCAAAAUUGUUAAAAAAUAUUCUAAUUCUACGCUGAACAUCAUGAAACUACCGUAAUAACUUGAAAAUUAAGAAUUUUAUGAUUUUCAGCACAAAAUUUUGAUCUAAAAAGAAUUUUCCUAAAAAAUUUUCACUGUUUCAAAAAUUCAUCUAAUUUUCUGGAAGCUUAAAAAUCUCGAUCAUCUUUCAUAUCUACUUCUAGACUCAAAUUUUGCGCUGAAAAUCAUGAAAAUGCUGAAAAUCACUGAAAAUUAGGGAUUUUAUGAUUUUCAGCCCGAAAUUCUGAUCUGGAAUCAUCCGGGAAAUUGUACGUUUCAAAAAUUCAUUGAAUUUUUGGGAUUCAAUGAAAAUUCGGUGUUUCAACUUUAAUCAUUUUUAAAGAUUCAAAUUUUGCGCUGAAAAUCAUGGGAAUGCUGAAAAUCACUGAAAAUUAGAAAUUAUAUGAUUUUCGGCACAAAAUUCUGACCAGAUCUGAUUUUCUGAGGAAAAAAUUUGAAUUUUUCACCUAAAUUCAAUGCUAGUUUCAUUUCCCCCCGCGAAAAUUCUCAAAAUUCAAAUUUUUUUCAGGAAGGAAUGACCGCUUUCGCUGAAAAACGUGCACCAAACUGGAAAUCCGAGUAA